CAGGGUGCGGUGAUUGUCGAUGAACAUAUUGGACAGUGGAAUCCAAACGUCGUUCUUGAGGCUAAUGGACCUAUGUCGACAUUUAUUGUUAUUGAUAAAAAGGUUCGAUUUGUUGGAUUAUCUAGCUACGGACUGAUUUUUGAAGAACCGAAAGGAUUUCUCACUCCUACGAACUUGGACCGUGUUAAUCACGGAUUUAUGCUCACCGUGACCGCUGGAGCAAAACAUUACGUUGAGCAUAUCAAUUGUACUCUUGCAUCUCGGACCGACUUUGAUAGCAUGGAACGGGCCCUUAUUGAUGAGUUGCUGUUUCAGGAUCCUUAUUUUGUUGCCUGUUUCUGCUCGUUGUCUAGUAUCCAGUUGUUAUAUGAUCUUCUCGCCGAUGAAAAUAUUGAAAGUCAAUCAUGUCUGAAUCUGUGUCUCCGUUCGUUACGAUCGAUUCUUCAGUUAGAAGUAAAUGGUAUUACUUGGAGUAGUGCUUCUGCUAUUCUGGUGAGCAAACUAGCUACACUUGUUACGGGAAGAGCUAAACGGGAGGAUUCGAAUGUGGUUUUGAUUGCGCUGAAUAUGAUUGAGCAACUCCUUGUUAAUGGCAGCACCACAAUUCGUUCACUUGUUCUCGAUGAAGUUCCUCCACAAUCUUUGAUUCGUCAUUUGGAAAAGUCAGACGAAAGAGUGGCUCUGGCUGCGUUGUCUCUGAUGAACGCCCUGCAUGACAAAAGUGAUGAGCCCAGUCGAGAACAAAUACAUCUUGAUUCCGUCCCGUUCCGAACCGCAAUAAGUGGAACUGUUCUUCGAGAAGGUCGAGGAUGCGAUGCUGUUCUGCUCAGUCAUCUCGUUCCUCUAGAACGAUUAUUAAUUCAAGAACAUACUAAACAAUUACGAAGUCCUGUAUUGGAAAAUGAAGUAAACAUGCUUCUUGUAAGUUUUUCUAUGCACUUAGUUCAAAUUUCGAUGAUAGGUUCUCUCAGGAAUUAUUUUAGAUUGGUUUCCGAGAAUUCGAUGCGUGUUAGUGGAGCAGCAUGGCAACUGAUACCCGUAUGGUUCCAUUGUAUCUCAAUUGUUGCCACCAUUCUCGGCGUUAUACCCAAUGGUAAGGGUUUCUCCACCUUAAAAGUGGUAACUUUUGAGACAUUCGAUUCUCUCUUUGCCACUACCGUUCAACUUUUUCAUCGUACAUGGCGAGAAAUGCAUGCUUCGCGUGAUGAACAUGAAAAGGUGCAUUCUUCUUUAUAUACUGUUAUCUUUUUUUCAAAAAUACGUUUUGCUUUAAAAGCAAUGCAACCACACGAUGUCGUAUCCCUUUUUCUUCUACAUGUUCUAUUUAGCGAGCUACGAAAUCUUCUAAAGCCAUCUAUCGAACAGCUUAUCCGCAUAAAUCGAAAAAAUAUCUUAAAGCAAGGUUUUACAUUUAGACGUCAAGUUAAGGGUAAAACACCGCAUAAAGGCGAAGGUGAGAAUAUUUCGUUUCUUAUCUUGUUAGAGUUAUAUAUCUCAUUACAUAAACGUUUGGCAGUAAAACUUCAUGUGUUUCCCUCUAACUAG